GUGCCUGGAGAUCCUCCAGCCCAGCUUGUGGUGCAUUGUGGGGAGAAAAGAUUCCUUAUUUUAUUUUAUUUUUUGCUGCAGUCACAUAUAAAUUCAUUCGAGACUGCGCCCUGUGCAGCAUGGACGGGGUUUACUUUCGAGUAACGUGUACAGGAUAACACCGGGGACCUACUCAAAUCCCCCGCCCCGCCCCCCGGCAUGUGCUUUAGCCCUUUACAUGAAAGCAACCCCAACCAGUCGGAUGCAAGAAAGCUCAAGGGCCCCUCUAAAAUCUAGUUACGAGCUGCCAAAGGAGGAAGCGGUGCGACAUCCACGCAGUUCGUUUUGACUCUUGCGAGCCCGGAAUUAACCUGAGACCGUUUUCCGUGUAGCAAGCCGAGCUGGGGCCGCUAACAGUUGGAGAGCGCCAGUAAAUAGGCUUAAUUUCGUGUGGUGGAUCUACAGCUUUUAGGAGGGACCGAGAUAUGGGGUAACCGAACCGCACCCCUAAUCCUUUAGGAUUAUCAAUGCGAUUAACUGGUGACUAAAGCACAACAAAUAAUUUGUAUUCUGUAUAGGCUUUUUUUGAUGCUGAAGAGGAAUUCACCAACCAUAAAAAAUUCAGUUCUGCAGAACAAGUGGUCAAAAGAAUAAAAUAGUUUUGAAAUGUUUUAUUUUUAAGUUCUCUCAGGAUUACAGUCUUUGAUUGUGUUUUAAAUGGUUUUUGCUGAGAGAAAAAGUGCUGAAAAUGGGGGAUCAGCAGACAUAUAAAACAAACCAUAUAGUUAACAACAGCGAAAAUGUGUAUUACCAGCACCAGCACUUGAGUCCUCUGGCAUCUGCAAACCACAGCUAUGGAACGUCAGCCAUGCAUACAUCUCCAGAGUCUCCCCUCUCUCCGUCAUUCCCUCACGAUGCCAGGGAAAACAUAUCCUUGAAUGUUGGGCCCAAAGGCCUUGGAUUAAUGGAUUCUCCUAGGCAAGCAGACUGGGCCCAUUUGGCAUCUGGAAACCACCUCCCAGUAAGAAACAGUCAGCAUGUCAUGUGGAACCCAAUAGCUCAAAGCGAACCGGUUGAUGGUUUUGACCAUCUCUGUUCCCAAGGCAAUGACCUCAGAUCACAAAAAAUUACCAGUGGAGUUUUGCAUAAAUUAGACUCUUUUGCCCAGGUGUUUGCUAGCCAAAAUUUAAGAAUUCAAGUGAACAAUGUGUCUCAGCAUAUUCAGUCGCAACCUUCAGUGAUGGAGAAUGCUGGCGAUAGUGCACUUCGACAAUUGCUGUCUCAGAAACCUGCUGUGGAGCAACAACUUGUGCCAAGAUACCAGCAGAUGUCACAGCAAGUCCAUCCUGGCUUUGGAAGUGCACAACAGAAGCAACAGAUGCAGUUAAUGCAACACCAGUCCUCUCUUUAUUAUGACAAUCAGCAACAUGUUGCCCAUAUUCCAAUGCACUCUACCAUGCACCAGGGACAGGCCCACUUGCAGCAAAUGCAUUCUCAACAUUUGUUGCCACCACAGCUACAGCAAGACCAAUACUAUCUGCAGCAGCAGCCCCAUCAAGGACAGCACAGGCUCUUGGUACAUGAAAUGCAGGCUCAGCAGCAGCAACAGAGGCAGUGUUCCAUGCAAACAGCUCAGUAUUAUCCAAUACAGCCUAUGAUGCAACAAUUGCAGCAGCAGCAGCAGCAGCAGCAGAUACAAACACAACUUUCUCCCUAUCACAGGGACACCAACCAGAAGCCUCUGCACGAACCUCAGCAAUAUUCCCAAGACAGAGGUAAUUCCAUGCAGCUUAUACAGCUAGGAGCAGUCCCUCCAUAUUUCUAUCAAGAUCAGCAGUCAUUCAAACAUUUGUAUCCACAAAGUGUUUUGCAGCAGCAACAGCCAUCUGGUGAUGCCAGUCAGCCUGAUCAUUAUCAGACUGAUGGUAACACUCAGGCAUUGAUGGAUGAACACCUGGGACUCCCUGUGGCAGACGAGACUGAAGUUCCAGCACCACAGGGCCUGAAUUCUGGGGACAGCACAAUCUCUCAACAAUCUCUUAGACCUACAACAAGUAUUCAGAUGAAUAACAAAAGACCUCAGCAGUUGUCUCCCAGUGCAGUAUGGCCACAGCAGAUCCAGUUACUUGAUGGAAGACUUUCAUCAGUUUCUCCUGAACAAAGCAAUGCUUGUGAUAAAGAAACAUACGUUGAAAGACCUGAAUCAAAGAGCAAACUGACGUGCUCUGUAUGUUUCAAAGAGUUUAAAAGUUUACCAGCUCUAAAUGGUCACAUGAGGUCGCAUGGAGGGAUACGGGCAUCUCCUAUCUUCAGACAGGAGGAUGGGGAGAACCUGCCACAGCAGCACCAGCAGGAACAGCUGCCCUCUGAAGCGGAUAGCUUUGCGCCUAUCGUCAUGCCUGUGUCUGUCCCUGUAAAGGUUCUGUCGCCUGAGCCCAACAAGCAGGCCAGAGAUGGCUGUGCCCCGGUCAAAGACAAGCCUGUCUCAGAUGAUGAGAUGCCUGUCCUUGUGAGGAUGAUCUGUUCUCCUGCACAUUCCCCUAACGCCAUCAGCCCGAGUACCUCUUCUGGUGUGCUGAUGUACCCAAAGAGUGGAUCCCAGGUCAGCAGAAAGGAUCCCAAUAGAAAGCACCACCAAAGUAUCACCAGCUCUGAAGAAAAUAUCAAAUCUUUUCAAGACAAGAAAAAAUACCGUCACAGACCUGAACCACUCUUCAUACCACCUCCCUCCUUCAGUCUCAGUGCAUCUCUCUUAGGGGCUACUCUGUACCAAAGCCAACUUCGCUCUCCUCGUGUCUUAGGAGACCUUCUAAUUGACAGGACUCAUAAUCCCCCACCUUAUACACCACCUCCCAUGCUUAGCCCCAUACGGCAAGGAUCUGGACUCUUCAGCAGCGUCAUCAUAUCUUCUCAUAGUAUAUCUCAUCCCCAGCUGCCCCUUACUCCUCUGACACCCACUCCCCGGAUUCUCCUCUGUCAAUCUAAUAGUAUUGCUGGAAACAGUGUUUCUGUGACCCCAAGACCUGGAGAACAGACUAUUGAUAUUGAACCGUGUAUCAACAUUGGCUCAAGUUUCCAGGCAAAUAUCCCUGAACUUAAAGAUAUAGCAUUGGUGGAGAAGGAGGAUCAUAAGGCAACUUUAGUUUGGAAACCAUGUCCAGAACUGGAGGACAAAACUUUUGAACAAAGAGUGACCAAUCUCUUAAAUAUGUGCUGCUCAAGCAUAUUAACUGGUGGAGGAACCAACAUAGAAUAUGGUUUGCAUUCUCUCUUUGAAGCUAAAGGGAAUAUUAUGGCUGCUCUGGAGAUGCUGCUUCUUUUGAAACCAAAAAGAGCAAAAUCACAUCCUCUAGCCAAUUAUCAUUAUGCUGGUUCAGACCAGUGGACACCAUUUGAAAGAAAAUUGUUCAGUAAAGCACUGGCAACAUAUGGCAAAGAUUUCAUUUUUGUACAAAAAAUGGUGAAGUCUAAGACAGUCGCACAGUGUGUUGAAUACUAUUAUACAUGGAAGAAAAUCAUGCAUUUAGGACGACGGCACAGAACUCGGCAGGCAGAAGUAAAAACUGAAUGCCCAACAAGUGGUGAAGAUGAGGAGAUGGAAGGUGAAGAGCAAACUGAGGAAGAAAAAGCGUCUGUAAAAGAAGAGGAUACAGAAAUUCAGAAUUCCCCUGACCCACCAUCUGUUGCUGUUGCAUCACCCAUUAACUCACCCUCUCUGCAAAGCCUUGGUCUACCUGCGACUUCUUUUAUCUGUGAAAUGCCAGACUGUGGGGCUGUCUUCACUUCCAGACAAGCCCUGAAUGGCCAUGCACGUAUUCACGGUGGUACAAAUCCUGUGGUCAAAACCCGCUGUGGGGGCCCUGGCACUAAACAGAAGUCGAAUUCUCAGAAUGACUACUGCUCUGUCAAGAGUUCCCCAGCUCAUAGCACAACAAGUGGUGAGACAGAUCCGCCUACAGUUUUCCCCUGUAAAGAAUGUGGCAAGAUGUUUUUCAAAAUCAAAAGUCGCAAUGCUCAUAUGAAGACCCACCGCCAGCAGGAAGAACAACAGAGGCAGAAAGCCCAGAAGGCUGCUGUUGCAGCCGAAAUGGCAGCUACAAUAGCAAGGACUACUGGAUCACCAAGGCACAGCUUGAUUCCCCUGGAUCAUUUAGACUUAAUAAAGCAAGUUGAACAGGGAGAUGACCUUGGCAGCGAGGUUGUAAAAGAACUGGGAGAAGUAAUUGACAAUGCUGAAGUGAUAAAUCCCAGCCUCUUACUGGAUGAAGAAGAAUCAGAGUUGCUUCAGGAUGAGGUUGAGCUGUAGACAAAAUGAGCCACAUCUGUAACAUUACAGAUGCCAGUUGGAAAUAAGUUUCCUCCAGUGAAAAGACAAUAUUUCUUCCCUUUUAUUUUAAACUGUUUCUAUAGCUGGAUUCAUUUAAAUCCAGAAUUGGAUUUAAACACAUCUGUCUUGUGAUGUUUUUCCUUUCUUUUCUUUUUUUAAAAGUGGAGAGGAAUUGUUGUUUUCUAAAGGAAUCUUGUGUAAUAUAUUGGAAUCAAAUGUUCUGAAAAGUUCAUAUAUCUUAAAACUUUCAAAGAAACAUCAUGUUCUUUAAAUUCCUCAGGAUACUUUCUUUUGUUCACCUCUGUUAAUUCUGGCUUCAAAAAAGCCUGCAAUAGGACUGUGAGAUAGCAAAAAUAAGUCAGUGAUACCUGCAUCUUCAAUCCAAGAUCGACAUGGAAUAAGUUGUUAGUAUCUGGCAAUUUUGGACCAGGGCAAACUAAUAUGGUCCUUCUGCUUGGGCCUAUAAUCCAGCUAAUUCAUUUCUUUGACACCAAAUGAAAAUUCUGAAGAGAUCUUGAUUGUCUUUUCUAACAAGAUUUAAAUGGAUAUUCUAUUUGGUUGGGCACAGGUAGAUUGAUGGCAAUAUGUCCUGUUCUGCUUUACAUGUAUCUGGAAGGAAGAAACAACUAUGAAAUUGGAAGGAAUGACUAGAUCAUUCCUCCAAGUAGCAGUUUUUAUUAUCACCAAAUCUAAUAUGUAUAAAACUGUUUGUUUUCAAGAGUUUUCAUAGUCGUGAUGCAUACUUCAGAGCUUCCAGUUUAGGAGAUUCAGAAGGAACAGGGCCAGUGUAUGAAGGAAUAUCUGGGAGAUUGUAGAUAGAGUUUUGAUUUUACAGUGACAGAAUAGCUGAAGCAAACUCACCACCUUUUCAUAGAAGGUACCUGGAUUGCAUGUAAAUCAAUGAUUUAUGUAGUGAAGUAUUGCCAAUUUGUACAGUAAGUCAGUUACUAAAAAGCUGUCUUUGAAAGUAUAGGUACAGUAUGCUACCUUUAGCUUUGCAGCAGUGUUUUCCUGUAAAGGUGCAAGUCCAUUUUUUUCUCACAGAAAGAAGAGGAGGGAGAAAGGCCCUUCUUCAGAUAAAUUUGCAUAUAUAUAUAUAUAUAUAUAUAUAUAUAUAUAUAUAUAUAUAUAUGUAUGUCUUUGGUUGUUCGGGUUUUCUCCCGCGUAAAAUUGGAAGUGUCUUGGCGACGUAUAUAUAUAAAAAAAAUGUUAAAAUUCAUCCAGAUAGAAAAGAAUAGUUUUGCACUUUGUCUCUGAUCAUAAAUUCUAUGUGGCUACUGUAUCUCAGUGGCUCCAAAAUGCACAUGUAUUUGGUACAGAAUGCACCCAGACCUGGGUGCAGUUCCAUUCUCUUUUGUAAACUGAAUUAUAUUAUAUAUCAUGAAAGUGUACAGAACCUAGAUGGAACCAUGCAGGUUUUGGUCAUUGCCAAAGAGUUUAAAAACUGCCAAGUGUAUAAUUUGUUGAUGAGGUUAGUGUAAAUGUAUUGAACAUUGUACUUUUUAUGCCUGCCAAAUUGACUUUUACAGGUUUGAAACUUAAAAUAAGCCGAAUAAAAUUACACAAGUUUGGGAGACCUACAUUGUGUUUACAUGUUAAGCUUCUCAUUUUAAUUAUAAAACCAAAAUGCAGAGCCACAAUUAAUGUUUUAACAGUUUUUACUUUGAUAACUGUUUUGAAAUUCAGAUUUCCUUCCAUUUUGUUUUUAUGUUGCUAUUUUUAGCAAUAACAUGAGGCUGCAAAUUUAAGUACAAAUUUAAUCUCAACCAGUACAGUAAUUAUGGUUGUUUCUUCCUUUUCCUGAUUUUGUUAUAUUAGUUUUAAUAUACACAGAGUUGUGUUUUAUGAUAAUCUUGUGCUAAACCAAUAAUGAUCAAAAUUUUCCCCAUCUUUUCCUCUCUAAUUAUGUUUGAGAAUGAUUACAUGGAUCAACAAUAUCCUAGCUAAGCAACUCUUUCAACAUCAGGAGUGGGUUUGGUUUUUAAUAUAAUUCUUUAGCAUGAUUUAUCAGUGAACAAAGAAUUUAGUGUUAUGUGACAGAAUAAAAUAGUUCUGUUUGCAGUCAUGGACAUUUUCAUGAGAGCCAGAUCUUAGUAUUUGAAAAUCUAAUAGUCUUAAAGAUAUUUUUGUAAAAAUCACUUACACAGCCAAAUCCUAAAGUUUCUAUUCUUCAAAGCUUUGCUAGCCAUGGCCACCAAUGAUAAUUUUUGUAAAUGUGGUAAUUACUGUGUUCAAAUCAGUUCUGUGCCCAAUUACAGAUCACAAGCACACCAUGAAAAGUAGCCAAGUUCAAAUUAUACCAAAGGCUUCUUUUCACUAGUCAGUAGGUGGUAAAUUGCAAGCUGUCUGGUGGAUUUUUUCUUCUGAUGUGUAUGAAUUCUUUAACAAAGAAAUUGAAGAGAGUUUAUUAUGGUUCAUUGCACAGUCAGCUAUAUUCUUAAACUGGAUUUGGCUUUUCCUCCCCCCUUAUUCCUUUCCCAAGGACCCUUGGAGCAAGCAGAUGUGGAUGUUAGAUGGUGAUAAAGAUAUUGUUGCAGGAUGUAAGCUGUCCUGAGUAAAGCUACCUUUUGCAAUUUGUCAAUGCUGUUCAAGUGGUGCUCCAGUUUUUUUCUGGAUUGCACCCAAAGAGCCUAUUGCUAUUGGAACUACUACUGCUUUCUUCUGUCACAGUUGUUCUAUUUCUAUCUGCAGGUCUUUAUAUUUUAUUUUCUUCUCCAGUUCUUUCUUUUGUCUUCUGAUGUGUCCAGGUACAGCCACAUCCACUAUCUAGGCUUUUUUGUCUGUCUUAAUGACAGUUGUUAUGUCUGGGGUGUGGCAGGUUUAAAACUAAAAAUAAACCCAAAAACAUUACCCAAGUUUGGGAGAUCCAUAUUGUGUUUAUGUGCUAAACUUCUCAUUUUAAUUAUACAGCCAAAAUACAAAGCCACAAUUAAUGUUUUAACAGUUUUCACUUUGAUAAUAUUGAAAUUCAGAUUUCUGUUUGCCUGUUUGUUUGGAUUCUAAAGUCCCAAAGAUUCUUCAUUUUCUAUUACUUUCUCUCUUUUAUGGUCCCAUCAGUUCUUGCUGGCAGGCAAGCAAGCAAGCAAGCAAAUAGUAUUUUUUGCAGAUUGUCAAAUGCACCAUUGUUGCUACUUUGUCAUGAGGUGGUUUGUAGUCAGCCUGUGUAAUCUUCUUGCAGCAGCUAACCAGGUGACCCACUGUUUCUUCAGUUUCUUUGCAGAGGCAAGAUUUGCUAACUGUUACUGACUUCUCAGCUCUGGUUUGUAUGCAUUUGUUCUUGAGGCUUGGUCUUGUACAGCGAGAAUUAGCUUCUCGGUCUCUUUCAACUUUCCUGCUCUUAACCAUUGCCAGAUUGUAUUACUAUCUGCUUUGUCUACUAUUUUUUAAUAUUAUUAUUAUCAAAUUUAGUUGACACCCAUCUUGCAGUUCAAGGCAACUCUGAGUGGCUUACAGUAAGAUAAAAUAUACAAAUAUCUGACAACUUAGCAGAUUAAAAUUACAAACCUUAAAACAAACUAAAAAACAUGAGUUUGGAGGAGAGAAGUGAGCUGGGUCUCCUGUUGGUGCAUCAACCGCCUCCAGCUGGUCCUUCAGGACCUCUUGCCAGCCAGCAUAGCCAGGUUUUAAGGCUUUUCCUGACAGCUUAAAAAGAAUGGGCAGAUCUUAUUUCCUGUGGCAAGAUAUUCCAAAGUGUAGAGGCUAUGGCAGAUCUUCUAGAUCCCACCAGCUGAAAUUCAUUGACUGAUAGGAUCUGCCAUAGACCCCAGCAUGAGUGGGGUAGACCAAUCCCACUGGGCAAAAAUGAUUCUGCUGUCUUUGAUAAAAGGGUAAAGCUCACAAUAGAUCAUCCCAAGCUGAUCUAUAUUAUUUUCAUGUAAAACUAUAAGGCAGAUUUUUUUUACCUUCAUUAAGAAACCGGUUAUUACCUUCAUUAAGCAUCAGGCCAUUAUUCAUCUAAAUAACAUUAGGUUUUAGUGUUCCUCAAACUACAUCCAUCGGAUGAGUUGAGACUGGGUCUCAACAUUUUUACUCAGUGUGGUCCAUAGCUGAAAAUUAUAGUCCAACAUACCUGGAGGCUCCUUAAGGAUAUAUAUUUUUUAUUUCCUUAGAAUAAGUCUCUAAUAUAAAAUUGUUCCUGGUUAUGUCUUUAGAUUUAUAACCACAGCACUAGUGCCAAUGAAUUGCAUUCUUACAAUGUACUGGAAGAUAUUGGUAAAAUUGACAGUAUUGCAAUUGAUCGUUGGACUAAUUCAUAAUGAACCUGAUAAUGCAUGGUUUCAUUUUAAAUUAUGUAAAACAAUUACUCUGUACCCCAUCCAGUAUAUUCUGGAUAUACAGAGAUGUCAUUAAACAGAAUUGCAAAAGAAAGAAUAUUGGUACUUCCAUAAAAAUGUUGUUGAAAUAUGCUUCAAUAUUUUGCCAGAAAACUUGUGUGGGGGAGGUUCUGUUUACUGAAGUUUUGUGUUUAUCACAGUUAUUUCAGUAACAAAUUAAUUAAAAUUGUACAUAACCUAAGAAAAAAGGAAAAUAUAUUUUAAUGGAGAAAUCUUAUUUUCAGAAGUAUUUAACUGCUGAUUGAUUGUUACAAAAAAGUUGUAAAUUUCUGAAGUAUAGUGUAGUGUAAAAAAAUUUGGUUUAAAAACAUUUAGCAUCAUUUUUAUUUUAUUUUAUAAUAAAUGUUUGCCUGUUACGGCUUAAUUACACCUGAAUUGCAUGUGAUUUAAUUUCAGGAUGUAAUUAGUCAAGUUUGCACUAAAUGCUUAGUUUCAUAAUAUAUUACAUGGGAGGGGGCAAUUUCUUCUUUUUUUUUGAUGAGGUAAAAUGAGGCAUGCAUUGUACCUGGUACAUAAUUAAAAGCAAGUACUGUGUAUAGAUUAUACAGCUUUUUCUUGACAGGCAAUUGUAAAAUCAAAGGGAUUCUGUAAGAGUUUGCAGGGAGAAACAGUAUUUUAUACUUUUGAUAAGAUAUACUUUGUUUAAAAAAUUGUUCAUGUGAUGGAAAAAAAAUCUUUUAAAUAAAUGAAUCAGCAUUUUA